ACAUGCAUAUGCAUACAAUUCUACAUAUUCAACGACCAAAUAAUAAUUAAUGAGAGUUACCAAUAAUGUUUAAUAAUCGGCAAUCUGGCCGGAGAUUCCGGCUCGGAAACUUAGCUAGACUUGUCCAACUACGGCAAAGCGUUAGCCACCAACCGCCACAACAGAGGCCGCCACGAAGGACUCUUCAAGAAACUUUGUCUCAAUCGCCACCACGGUCACCGCCAUUUCAGCCACAAUUACCACCAUUUCCAUCUACCAUACCUUCACCAUCAACACUUUCACCGUCUUUUUCAGAAUCUAGGGAACAUCACGGCUCUCCACCACAUGUACCACCGGAACCACCACUGUCGCUAUUAUCACCAAAAUCAAAGGAAGAGCCUCAAUCGCAGCCAAUGCCACCACUGAUGUCAAAACAUGUCAAAACACAUCGGAAUCUAUUAAUCCAAUCACCUCCUAAAUCGCCGCCAGAAUCCACUGAAUCUCAGCAGCAAUUUCUAGCAUCGGUGCCUCCUCCACCACUAACACCAGAAGCAAAAACACCAUUGUCCCCCUCGUCAACGCUAAAGUCUACCGAAGAAUCUCAGUCCCAACCGUCUCCACCGCUUAAAUCUAUUGAUGAAACUCGGUUCCGACCACCGCCUCCAACAUUAUCAGAAUCUGGUAAACCUCAGCCGCUUUCACCACCACAAGAAGCCAAAACUCCACCGUCUCCGCCAUUAACGUUAAACGCUAAUGAAGAAUUCCAAUCCCAAACUUCUCCUCCGCUUUUGCCGUCUAAAUCCAUUGAUGAAACUAUUUCUCAAACAAAGCCAGUUUCGCCACCACCACCACCAGAAACCAAAACUCCACCGUCUUCACUGUCAACGAUAAACACUAAUGAAAAUUCCCAAUCACGACCGUUUUCACCGCUUCUGCCAUCAAAAUUCUUUAACCAGACUCAGUCCCGAUCAUCGCCACCGUCAUUGUCAGAAACAAGUGAAACUCAACCACCUAUACUACCACCACCAGAAGCCAAAAUUCUGCCGUCUCCACCUUCAACGAUAAACGCUACAGGAGAAUCCCAGUCCCAACCACCUCCACCGUCUAAAUCCAUUGACGAAACUCGGCUCCGAUCACCGUCUCUGUCGCAAGCAUCAUCAUUAUUAGAUUCUGGUGAAUCUCAACCGCCUUUACCACCACCAGAAGCUAAAGUUACAUCGCCUCAGCCGUCGACGCAAAACGCAACGGAAAAAUCCCAGCCCCAACCGUCUCCACCGUUUUUGCCGUCCAAAUUCAUUGAUGAAACUCGGCUCCGAUCACCGCUUCGGUCGGAGGCAUCACCACCUUCAUUGUUAAAAACUGCUAAAUCUCAGCCACUUUUACCACCCUUAGAAGUCAAAACUCCACCGUCGCCAAUGCUAAAAGCUACUCCACCUCCUCUGCCGUCAAAAUCUAUUGAAGAAACUCAAUUCCGAUCAUUGUCUCCGUCAUUAUCAGAAUAUGGUGAAAAACCCUUAUCAUCGCCAGAAGCUAAAAUUACACCGCCUCCGCCGUCAACGCUACAAGCAACUGAAGAAUGGCAACACCAACCGCCACCACCGCCUUUACCAUCUAAAUCCAUUGAUGAAACACGGUCCCAAUCACCUCCGAUUUCACCAUCACCACCAUCAAAAUCUACUCCAGAACCUAAAACAAUACCGUCAUCUCCUGAAUCUGAUAAACAAGCAAGAUCUCAGACACACUCAUCACCACCAGCAUCGCCAUUGUUGUCUCCGAAAGCUAGUGAAAUCCACCAAUAUCAAUCACCUAUGCCACCACCAUCUCUGACGGAACAGAGGUCACCAUCGCCGAUGAAAUCACCGAUUCCCGCACCGCCGCCGCUUUCAUCCCCAAUCAAAUCACAAAUCAUACCGUCACCUAAACCAUUGUUACCCCAAACUAAACUUAACCAAAUCAAAUCUCCUUCUCCAAAACUUACAAACAACGAAUCUCACACUUCACCAGAUCAUAAUCAGAAUCCAGAGAAACCUGACGCCAACCUCAUGAACAAGAUUCCACCUAAUAAUGAAGUUCCGAAAACAGAGAUCACCGGAAAAGUUAGCAUUAAAAACAGGGGAAGAGCAAUUUGGUCAGAGAAAAAAACAGAGCCAAUGAUUACGAUGGUCAUUAACAGUAACGUCCAAGGAUUCAACACUUCUCUUUCCCUCGAUUCAUCUUCCAUCGAUCAUGAACCAGGUGUCCACUUUACGAUCGAUUAUGAUCAAAGUUGUGAUUUUUCUUCAACACUAUUUUAAAUAAUUGCACAUAUUGUAAUACAAUCGUCUCUUCAUAUAAUUAAUUUAUACUGUUCCCGGAUAAAAAUUACUUCACGAU